AUGUCUUUCUCUAACGGUGUUGGAGGCACGCUGGCACUGCCAUCGCCCACGCACGCCCAUCACAUGGACGUGACGCCAGGCAUCCGCAGCCUGCGGCGCUCCAUCUCGAGAUCGCCUUCCAAGUUCUUGUCUCGCGCAAGUUCGCAGAGCUCCGAAGGCUCUCAGCAAGCUUCACCACAGUCGCCCUGUCGACGCUUUGGCCCAACACCACAGCGACCGCAUCUGGCUCCCUCGCACCCGCAGACGGCUCCUCCAGCCGUGACUUCAGCGCACGCGUCUACCUCGCACCAGUCCUCGUUCACGCCGCAGCGCACAAACGUCCGGCUGUCACUUCGCUCUGCCAAAUCCGCAAAAACAGCCUCGCCCUCGCGGCCGCUCGCCAGAGCCCGCGUUUCCCCCAGGAGUCCUCUGAAACGAGCCUUGAGCGCCGCGCCGGACGCGACCAACGUGUCGUACACGCCUUCGCCUUCUCCGCCGUCGACUGCUUCUCCCGGGCAGGAGAACACCGAAGCUACCUUUGGCACACUAACCCGCAAGAGUUCAGACCGGCCUGCGCGCCAUAGCGUGCACAUUGACGUUACCGGGAUUGCGUCGCAGUAUUCGUUUCUGAAAGCGCUGGACGCCAACAACGAACCGUACAUGGUAACGACGACGGGCGCAUUGAAGCGCAGUGAUGCGACAAUGAACUUGGACCACCCUCAUCAGGGCAGCCCUGUUGCCAAGCGACGCAGCUUGCAUGGGAUUUCAAGCUUCACACAAACGGAUGACUUCAACAUCUUUGGCACCAACACGAGCAGUUCCCACAACUUCGACAUUCACGAAGACUCUCAACCCGAGUAUGAGCUGGCGGGGGCUGUGGAAGGCGGUGUCGACGAGGAGGAAGGCAUUGCUGCUCGCGAUCCCCUAUUCUCCCCGUCACCCGUUUCCAAUGUGCCGAAGCGGUCCUCCUCCCUGCGCAAAUCCACCUUGCAGCAGCGACAUGGCGACAAAGGUUCUUGGGGAAGGAGGACGGGCGAGCGUCAGCUUGCACAGCUGAGCGCCGAAGCAGCGACACCCGUUCGCAACAGACCCCGUCUGUCGACGGAGCAUUUCUUGCCCCCGCAAGUCCCCCGCGACAGUCCCUUCUCGUCCGGCACACCGCUGCCCAACGCAUCGACGCACGGCUUUGAUGCCAAGGGCCACCAACCUCACCCUCUCUCGAAGUCGCUCACAACAUCAAACUCUGGCAACAGCCUGACGGAGGAGCCGUCUAGCGACGCACCUGCCGUCCAGGCUGUGGAAAAGCCUAAACCACACCCAUUCUCUCGUUCGUUGCCGCUCAACGCAACGCGACCAACAGCCCGCUCGAUGUUCGACUAUCCCAAGGCCGUUGCGACACCAAGUCAGUCCAAUCAGCUUUGGUUCGGAGCCUUCAACUCGACGGGACUCAUUUCCAAGGUAAAUCGCAACCCGGAGGAUGAUGAGAAGAAGUUUGCGCCGCCAGACACACCUUGCAAGAAGCAGUCGAAUCCGUUUGCGACCUUUCCCCCAAUCUCGGGGAGUGCAAUCAAAAGAAAAGGCAACAACCGGAAUUCCUUUGCUGGCGUCCCUUCUACGCCUUUCAACAGGCCAUCGAGUCGUGGGGCAGACACCUUUGGCCAGCCUGGAAAGGGCCUCUCCAUCUUCCAGCGCGGUUCUGCGGCGAAAGGGUCUCGUCGUGGCAGCCUUCUCAGCCUGGAAGGCGAAGAACGAAUGCUCUUUGGCGAGUCCAAUGAGCUGUCCAAUGCGCUCGACGGGGACAUACCGCCCACGCCCACCAAGAACACGCUCACUCCCAGCUUGAGCAACCUCAGCGAGCAGUCGCUCGAGAGCCCGAGCGCGAACCGAACCUUCACCCUCCCCCUUUCGGCCGCGAAGCCUGCUCCUUCGCGUGAGUCAACGUCGAGUCCUGUUGACGGGCGGCGGACGCCCCAGACUCCCCAGGAGAGCUUGCUGCCUCUCGAUACCAGCCGGUUGUCCAUUUCUCAGGCGUCCGACAACCACCGAGAAAGCAGCAUGCCGCCUCCCGUUACGCCCACAGCGGGCCGUGACUUUAGAUCAUCUACCAGCAGCAUCUUCGUGACGCCAAUCAAUGGUCGCACAGGCAGCGUCGACGUCGACGCGAGCCUGUACUCGCGUUUUGACAAAGUCGAACAAGUCGGCCGCGGCGAGUUCUCCACGGUGUAUCGGGUCACCAAGCUCGAGCACGCCAACGUGUUCUCGGAGGGCAGCUUCACACCCAGCCGCAGCCCAGCCAAAGGCCAGGUGUUUGCCGUCAAAAAGAGCAAACAAGCCUACCAUGGCCACAAGGAUCGGCAGAUCAAGCUGCGAGAGGUCUUCGCCUUACAGGCGCUUACGCAUGCCGAGCAUGUGGUUCAAUAUGUCGACAGCUGGGAACACAAUUUCCACUUGUAUAUACAGACAGAGUUCUGCGAAGAGGGCACACUGGACAAGUUUUUGGCCACUGUGGGAUGCGGCGGGCGCUUGGAUGACUUCCGCAUCUUUAAGAUCUUGCAGGACCUGUGCUUGGGAUUGAAAGAGAUCCACGACAUCGGAUACAUGCACCUGGACAUGAAGCCGGCGAAUAUUCUCAUCACCUUUGAGGGAGCUCUGAAGAUUGGAGACUUUGGCCUCGCCCAGCCCAGUACGUCGCCAACCGAAGAGGUCGACGUGGAGGGCGAUCGCGAGUACAUGGCGCCGGAGAUGCUGCGAGGAAAGGCAGGCAAGGCCGCCGACAUCUUUUCACUGGGGCUCAUGACGCUGGAAAUGGCGACCAACUGCUCUCUGCCGGAGAAUGGCCCUACUUGGGUCGCUCUGAGGUCGGGCGACCUCUCCGAGGUUCCAAGCCUUACAUGGAACCCAUCGAUCGAGGUGCAGCGUGACGCGACGGGCAACCCGACGGGCCACAGUGACGAAUUGCUGGACGAGGGCUCCCACAGCGCCAACAACCUCUUCGGGUCACUCAAGCGGUCGGAGCUGCGCCAGCCGCCCGAAUUCAUGGUGGAGUCUUUCCACCCUAGCUCGCUCGACUCGAUCGUGAGGUGGAUGACAACGGAAGACCCGGCGGAGCGACCCGAGAUCCAUCGCGUUCUGGAGCUCGAGGGCCUGCGCUGGGUCGCCGAGCAUCGUAAUGCUCCAGCCACAGUCUACGAAGGCAGCUGGGGCCCGGCAGAGAUGAUGCCUGUUGCGAUUGCCUCUCUGGAUGGCGACACGGAAAUGACGGACGUUUGA